UCAAUAUAAACAUGGCAGAUGAUGAGAAGUCUCCACUGCUACAAUCUUCAGAUGACGAUGAGGGUCCUCGACUCAGACACAGCCACACCUUCCCCACCACACACCGGAGCUUGGAUGUAAGUUCUGUCACACCUACGGAGGAGGAUCACAUUGUCUGUGUGUUCGUUGUGACGUUUGACACACGGUCAGGAAAUAUGAUAGAGUGGUGUACCCCUGAUGACUUUGAGCUGGAUGGGGUGGAGUUCAAAGCAAUGGUCAGUGGAUCUCACACACAACAAAAGGACUUUGUUUACUUCAGAAAGGAUCGUCUGUAUGGCCUGGCCUGUUAUGAGAAGAUGUCGGUGGAGAGUGAGAUUGAGCGAGGAGCUAGGAUGAAGUCUGUAGGGAUUUUAUCCACUUCCUAUACACUGCUGUACAGACACAUACAGUUCUUAGAGUCACAAGUCAGACACCAGUUGGAGUUGCCAGGUAUUUAUUCUCAGCUUCAAGCUUUCUACAAUGAUAAGAAAGGAGUGCUUCCAGAGUCAGCCAGCUCAAGGGGGGUUACUCCUACCUCUACACCUUCCACACCAAGUAGUCUGCUGCCAGAAAUGAAGAUAACCCACCCUGCUGGCUGCUUCUCACAGUUUAUAAAAUUCUUUGGUGCAAACAUCUUUAUAUUAUGGAAACUGGUUCUGCUGCAGAAAAGGAUAUUGUUUUUCUCCCCACCACCAAUAGGGGUAGUCUGUUAUAAAGUGUACUGUGCAUGUUGUCUUGGAAACCAUGAGGUUGGAAAACUAGGUCAUGAGGUACAACCCCAUUUCUAUGUUAAUGUCGCUGAUAUAGAAACCUUGGAAACAGAAGUGGCAUACAUUGCAUGUACAACAGAGAAGAUUUUUGAAACAAAGACCUAUUUACAUGACGUUUAUGUAGAUAACCAGGUUAUCACAGCCCACACUCCGGUUGUACAAGAACUGCUGAAACUCAGUGAUGCUGACAAGGACAAAUAUAACAAACUCUUAAAUCGGAGGUCUGCUAACCAAUUUUCAUAUGAAGGUAUGGGAGAGGAUGUGGUGGAUGAAGAGGAAUUAAUCACAUCGUUUUUUACCCAGCAGAACAAUGACCUGUUCAGCACGCUGUUGGAUGUGGCCCAUUCACAUGACCGACAACUCACCUCAGAUCACAUGAGGAAUAUGGGUCUAGACCCCCAGGGAGACCGAACCUUCCUUAUGGAGUUGGUGGAGCAUUAUGGGAUAGAUGUUGUCCUCAUGGUAGACAACCCUUGCUGCCCUAAAUGAUUCUGUUUAUUUUGGUGAAAACAAAAUGAUCAGGCAGAUUAAUAAUUUAAUACUGCUCAAUGAUAGAAGAUGUUCAUAGAUCCAGUGUAUUCAGUAAUUUUCAAUUCCUUGUAACAUCUAACAGCAACUGUGAAACAGUUUUUCAAUCCAUAAAUCCUAAAUGUUUCCCAAAAAUGUCAAUAGUUUUUGGGUGACAGGUUACAUGAAUGAGAUUUGUUGUCUGUGAUAGUUCCACCUGUACAAUUUACAGUGUUAAUUACAGUUUUAUGACUGUUCUUAGCUAAUUAAUGAUCAUGCUCAACAAGAAAGGUUUGCACUGCUUUUUGUAACAAAUUUAAACAAGAAUCAGCCUGGCACUCAUACAUGUACAGCAUAUUGUUUUAUCAUCAGAAAAAUUGUACUUAAUGUGUAGGUCUUGUAUAACAUGGCCACACAAAGGAGUUUAUGUGUAAUAUGUUACAUGUAUAAAUAAGAGUAUAUCAUUACCUGGAAGUCAGAGUUUCAUGUAGAUGUUCCAAAAAAAAAGGGGGAUAGAUAAAUGUAUUAUUAGUUUAAAGCAACAAUUCCCACCAAUUCAAAAGUGACUAUUUCUAUAGCAGGAUUGAAAAAUAAAACAGAUCGGCAUAUUCAUUGCUCUAAUUUGAAUGAUAAAGAAAGUUUAUAUACAUGUAUAUAUAUCUCCUAAAAGUGACUGCAGGUUUCCUCAAACAUGUAAUAGUCCUUCUUUUUUAAGUAAAAUAAUAUGAAUAUACCAAGUGUAAUUUGUUUAUGUUACAUGCACGUUUUUGUCAUAUUGGCAUUCUUAUGAUUGUUGAUUAAUGCACAAGUUUCAUUGAUGAGUAUUGUGCAAGGUUGUUAAUCGGUGCACUGUAUACAUGUAUUACAGCCUUUUUUUAGACUAUUUUUUAUGGAGUUUUAUUAACAUUCUUUCAUAUUUUCUUUUAAUUUAUAAUAAUGACAAUGAAAGUGUGUCGAAAAAUUCAAAAUUAAUAUUGCAUUAUAUUAAGUUAUAUAUCUUAUUGGUGAAGUGACAUUAAUGGGUAGCUAAAUGUUUGAGAUGUUUGUAGAAGUUUCACAUCUGAAAAAAGAUAUAACCAUUUCUUUUUAAUGUCUUAAGAACACAUUUGUUAACAAAAUUGCUGUUGAAUUCAAAGUCUUCCUUUGCCCUGCAGGAGAUAAAUACAUUGUGCGAGCAGUGAGUACUGGUACAUGUUUGUACAUGUACAUGUUUUUAGACACAAUGGAUGUUAAUUCAGCAUGAGUCAUAUUUAUAUAUUAAUACAGAGGAAUAUUAGACUGAUUCUUUUUUCUAGCACCCUGCAUAUCUGUUCAGAUUGAGAUGCAGUUAGAUUAUUGUUUUUCCUUCUAAUUCCUUCCAUUUUGAAUUUUAUUGAAAUGCUAAUUUUAAGCUUCUAUCAUGUAAUGCUCUCUAGUUGUGAGUAAAACACUAGUGAUCUUUAUAUCUUUAUCAAACCCCUUGUCUUAAAAAGUAAGAAUGACAAAUACUUGUUGUUUCUUGAAGUCACCUCAUGCAUUGAUUGAAAAAAAGUGACCUUAUGUACAAAAGAUAAAGGAAUUUGAAGUUGCAGGUGUCUUAAUACUGUAAAUCUACACAAAUAAACUACUCUUUGUUUAAAGGUGUACUGAUAUACUGUGGAUUGUGCAACACAAGUGGAUGCACAAUUCUCACACGAUCCUCAUGCAUUUUCUCAGCAUUUUUGUAAACAAAAAACAAAAAAACAAAAAAAAAAAACAGGGGAAUUGAAGGGGCAAUACAGGUUUAUUGGUGGAUGUGAUUUUGAAAUGCACAAGCAAUUGUGACACCAAAGUGUCUAUUAUUAGAUUGGUAGGGCAUUAUGGAAGCACAGAAUCAUUGAACUGUCAGUUUAAGAAAAACUGACACUUUGCAUUCCUUAGUUGAUAUUUUUCUUAACAUUCCUUUAAUGUACAUGAUUUGUUUCAAGAUAUCAGACACAAGAAAAACAUUUCUUUUCAAAUAUGUUAGGCUCAGGGUAUGAAUGACAAUGAAUUAAAUGAAACUUUGCCUUUGUAAAGAAAGCUUUAUAAAUGCUUAUAAAAAUAUCAUCAUUUGCAAUACAUGCCUUUUCAGAUUUUGAAUUAAACAUUAGUUGUAGUUAUUGCUUUUCGCUCCCCUGAGCAAAAUACUCGAGAAAGUUUAUCUGGUCAAAGAGUGUCCAUCUGUCUGUCAAGUGUUGUUUGUAAACAUUGCAUAUUUUCAACUUCUUUUUCCUUCACUAAAGAAUUCUUUAGUGAAGGAAAUUCAUUCAUAUUCAAAUGAUGAAUAGCCACAAGCCACAGUUGCUCUUUCAAGGGGAGAUAAUUAAAAAAUAUUGAAAAGAUGUUGUUAUUUGAAAGUUACCAUAACCUUUUUCUCAAAAACCACUGAUUCAGAAACAUCAAAAUUGAAGGCUUCUUUAUAAGUGUACAUUAAAUUUGUUCAAAACAUGGCCUCGGGGGCUAGGGACUGUAAUUCAGGGGUGUCAAAGUUUCAUAUGAAAUUUUUCGGAACAAAUCUUACGAACAGCAAGGCUGCAAUUAGUCAAAUAUUAUCAUCUCCACGUUGUCGAGAAUCAGAUUUGUUAAAAUGAUGGCCCCUGGGACUAGAGUGAAACAUAAAAUAUUUAGUCAAAUCAAGAAAAAAUCUUCAAAAAUCUCAAAAUUGUUGUCUCAAGUGAGUGUUAUGGACAAAGUCUUACAGUUUUUUUUUUUCAUUUCAGUGUUUUAUAUUCAACACAUGAUGAAUUUGCUAAAGCCAAAAUUAUUUUACAUGUAAUUGCUUAAAAUUGAAUCCAGUCAGAUAUGAAUAUAUUUUUAAUAGCUGUAUUGUCCUGUAUAGUUCUUUUUUUUUUUUUUUUUCAAAUUUCAUGUUACCAUCAUCUGGAGCUUUUAUCACACCAAUUGAAUAAAUUGUACACCUGUUGAGAGUUAAUUGUGCAUAAGUAUUGUGUAAGGGAUCUAAAUCACUUUUAACAUUUUUAAAAUGAUUCAUGCUGAUUAAUCAUGUCUAGCCAAAUUUUUUUUCUUUAUAUGUUUACUUUACAUUGUGCAAUAUACUGCUUUUUUGAAAGUCUGAAAGAAUCACUUUGUUAUAAAAUAAAAUCUGAUAUUAAAAUC